GUUGCAAUCAGCAGCACUGAGAACGUUUCCAGUUUGUAGCUGUGAAAGGAGGAACUUAACAGUUAGCGAAACCUUGUUCCUGCCCACACUCUGGAGUCAGGAGCGAGGUUGUGGCCGUCCCAGCUCCGCUCCCUCCCACAGGCUGCACAGCUGAAGACGGGGCUCUGGACAGGCUGGUUUGCUGCCAUGAUCCCUAGGCUACUCCCACUGCUCUGUCUCAGUAAGUCUCACGGGGUGACCCUAGAAAACAACAGACUUGGACUGUGCACUGGCCAAGGAAGCAGGGGGACUGACGAGCCCCUUCCCAAGCCCACCCUCAGGGCCUGGCCCAGCUGGGUGGUGCCUCCCAGAAGCAGUGUAAGGCUGCAAUGCCAGACCCCGACCAAGGAUGUCGACUUUGUUCUCAAAAAGGGUAAUGUUGUUUUGGACGUUUCACGAUCACUGGCUUCCAAGGAGGGCCUGGCUGAAUUUCACCUCACUGACCUAAGAACCAGCCACGCUGGAGACUACACCUGUGAGUGCUACAGACCAGGGGCCCCGGACAUAAGAUCACCACCCAGUGAGGUCAUCCUGCUGCUGGUGACAGGAGGUCUCCCUAAACCUUCCCUGCAAGCCCACCAAAGGGGUGUGGUGACCGCGGGAGACGAUGUGACCCUGCAGUGCCAGAGGCCAGACAAUGUUUUCGGGGCCAUGAGGUUCGCUCUGCUGAAGGCGGGAGUGGCAGAGCCCAUCCGGCUCCGGACCCCAGUCGGCAAGGAGGCGGACUUCUCCCUGCAGACCGUGACAGUCGGGGACGCCGGGAACUACAGCUGUGUCUACUUCCAGACCGGGACUCCUUUCUGGGCCUCACAGCCUAGCGAUCGUCUUGAGAUCCGGGUGAGAGUCCCCCCAGGUGCCAUAUCGAGGGACUACACCACGGGCAACCUCAUCCGCCUGGGUCUGGCUUCCCUAGUUGUGGUUAUUAUGGGCGCUGUCCUGCUGGAAGCCUGGUGCAGCCAGAAGGAGUCUCCACGUGGAUCCACGUAGAACAGCUGAGCUGUUCUUGUCUUGUUCAUGGGCUGGUCUGUACUACCCACAUGCUCCAGGGCUUCCCAGGGAAUGAUGAGUGCGGAUGGAGAGACCUGCCGAUCCUUAACAGUCCUGUGGAACCUACAUUCUUAGCUCUAUGAAGAACCACUCAAGGACGAGGCUUACCUCUUGCCACAGCUUUGCCUGGGGCAGAGCACAGAAUGGAACAUAAAGACACAUUCAAAAAAUUUGGAUGAUUUGAAAAAAAUACUUAAAACUUCA